CCUCGACUCGAGUCCUGUUUCUCUCUCUCUCUUGCUGUCCCCGCAAGGCCGCAAUCUCUCCUCUCGCUCCGCCUUCAAUCCCCAACCAAACCCCUCCUCUCCACUCUCACUCCCUCGCCCGCGUCGCAAUCAUUCGUGGGGGCGCUGCGCUUUAAUCCCUCCCCAUCCCGAAUUUCUGUGGCCUCCAGUCUCUCCGCUUGGAUUUCGCCAAGAUUGAGUAAUCGCCUUCCUCCUAUCCUCCUCCCAAUUUCUCUUCUUUCCAUCUGGGUCGCGUUUGCUUCUUCCCGAUUUGUUGCCGUCGUCCUCGUCGUCUCCCACCACUUCGUCUAGUGUAGGACUCGGUCCUGCCCUAGCCACCUGUCCUCCUCGCUUCCAUCGCCAUUGUCGCUCUCCCUCUCUGCUCAAGCCGCCUGCUUUCUUGGACCGGUCCGGGGGCUCGCCACGGCCGGGCGUAAAUGCCCGUCCGUGCAGAGGAUCCCAGCCUUCUCCGCUCCAAAUCCCGUCCUUGUUUCCCCCAAUUAAGAGCUCGACAAGAUUCUUCAACGCUCCCUAAUCCUAGUACCCAGAGAUGACAAAAUCGUCCUGACUACUCUUUGCCCAGGCAGGCUCUCCGGCGGCUGCUCAGCUCUGAGGGCCGCCCCACUGCUAUGGGCUUCUUGAUCUGCGCCUGCCUCCUCCAGCUCCUGCUCUCCGCCACCGCUUCCGGGGUGGCGGCGCAGUCCCAGCCGCUGUCGCCGGCCAGGAUCCUCGACGCGACGCUGCAGGACUACGCGUACCGGGCCUUCGUGCGCCCGCGCACCGGCAUUGUCUACAACGCCACCCUCCCCGCCAACCUCACCGGCAUUGCGGUCUCCGCGGUCCGCCUGCGCAGCGGCAGCCUCCGGCGGAAGGGCUUCGCGGACUACUUCGAGUUCCGCCUCCCCACCGGCGUCGUCGUGCAGCCGCACGUCGAGCGGGUGGUGCUCGUCUACCACAACCUCGGCAGUUCGUCGGACAACUACUACCCGCUCCCCGGGUACACCUACCUCGCGCCGGUGCUCGGUCUGCUGGCCUACGACGCGGCCAACCUCUCGGCCGUGGGUCUGCAGGACCUCAACAUUGUCGCGUCAGGGAGUCCGAUUUCUGUCACUUUCAGCAAUGUCAGGGCAGUGCUGUCAGGCAGUGCGCCGCCGCGGUGUGUUGUGUUCGAUUUGAAUGGCAUGCCGCAGUUCCGGGACCUGGAGGCAACCAAUGUGUGCUCGACGUUUCGCCAAGGGCACAUCUCAAUAGUGGUGAAUUCCAGUGAGAUUGCUCCAGCUCCUGCUCCACCUGGCGCAAUUGCCCCGCCGAUACCGACUCCGGGAGGGCAAAAGAAGGGAAACUCAAAGGCGUGGAAGAUUGCUGUCAGCAUGGUUGGGGCUGCCGUAGCAUUGGGGCUGUUGGCUGUGCUUCUGCUGUGUUUGGUCAGGUACAAAAGGGAUAAGAAGUUGGAAGUGAUGGAACGGAAUGCGGAGGUUGGGGAGACGUUACGGAUGGCGCAAGUUGGGCGGACACAGGCACCUGUGGCCUUGGGGACACGGACACAACCAGUGAUUGAGAACGAUUAUGCUGCAUAGCAUUCUUUUGAGAUUUUUGCAGAGUUCUUUCUAGUCUAGUAGCAGAAAGACUGGAUGGUUAUGGCAAGUGACGGGGUUGUCCAUCUGUUGGUUGAGGCAGCAAAUUUUCUAUAUCCAUUAGGGUGAUGCUAGCUGCUGAUUUCAGAGCUCAGGUUCUGCUCCGUGAGGGUUCAGCACAUUCUUUUUGUGGGCUUGUUCAGAAGGUUACAUUUCGUACUGCAAACAAUGGCUAUUGUUCCUGUUCAUAGUUGCCAUGUUCAUAUGCGGAGUUCCUUUCAUCUCCAAGCAAGCAAUGGAGGGGAAAUGUUUGUCAUCUCAGAUUGGGAAUUCUUGAUUAUUUUUUUGGGUUGAUGUAUUCAAAAGGAAAUGGGCUUGGCAAUAAAGCUGAGGUAACACUCAUUGCACAAUGUGUCUUGCUGUGUUGGAGGAAAUUCUUUCAUCCAGCUUCAAUUCGACUUCAUUUCUUUUUCCUCUCCAUUACAUGUUUAGACAGCUGCUGAGAUGAUGUAGCGAUGUACAUUAUCUAGUUUUGUGGUAAUUAGUCUGAAUCUGGUAAUUUAGAUUUCAUGGCCAUUUGAUUUUACUUCCUUUGUGUAUGUUCAGGCAACUUUCCAUUGUUGUUUGGGAGACAACUUAAUUUCUAAUUGUGCUUUAUUCA